AUGUUCUAUGAUUACAAUAGGAUGUGGGGUCAUAUCGCACAAGAAACAUUUACAAUCACGCCGAAGGAGAAUGAUUCUGUUACUCUUGAUAAUAUCAAGCGGUACCAGGCUCUAGAGACUGCUGAUUUCGGAAUAUUAGCGUUUACCAAUAGCGGAGAGGCACUCUAUGAUUCUUAUCAUCCCCCUCCAAUUAUUGUGGAUGAUUAUGCGCUAAAUACCGGCCUAGUACUCCUUAUUCUUUCCUACACUAAUGGGACGGGAAAGCGAUUGGAAAACCUUAUAGGGGCAUAUGGUCAGGAGCAGGACCCGAUUGACGAGAGGAUCUAUUUUGCCGAUAAAGCGCUUGACAUGAAAAAAGCGCUUUUGGAGAUUCUAUUAACUGAGUCAGAGGAGCAAGAGGUGGACGAUGACGAAGUAGAGGACGCGUUGAUUGAACUAGCUCCGGGCUACGUAGAAGCAGAGGCAGAAGGAGACGGGCUGGCAGAAGGUUUUGAUCUAUUUGGCUCGGGAUUUCAAUCCAAUCUACUGGCGUGA